AUGGGCAGCACGGAGCCGAGGACGGUGCUCAUCACGGGCUGCUCCUCGGGCAUCGGACUCCGCCUGGCCGUGCAGCUGGCACAGGACCCUGGCCAGCGCUUCCAGGUCAUCGCCACCAUGCGGAACCUGCAGAAGAAGGAGAAGCUGGAGCAGGCGGCGGGCGCGGCCCUGGGCAGGACCCUCAGCAUCCGGCGCCUGGACGUCUGCAGCGAGACCUCGGUGGCCGAGUGCCUGGGCAGCAUCCCCGAGCGCCGGGUGGACGUGCUGGUGAACAAUGCGGGCGUGGGGCACAUCGGGCCCAUUGAGAGCAUCAGCAUCGCGGAGAUGAAACGCGUCUUCGAGACCAACUUUUUCGGCGCCGUGCGCAUGGUGCAGGCCGUGCUGCCCGACAUGAAGCGGCGCCGGAGCGGCCACAUCGUGGUCAUGAGCAGUGUGAUGGGGCUGCAGGGCAUCGUGUUCAACGACGUCUACGCCGCCUCCAAGUUCGCCAUGGAGGGUUUCUGCGAGAGCCUGGCCGUGCAGCUGCUCCAGUUCCACGUCUUCGUGUCCCUGGUGGAGCCAGGCCCGGUGAACACGGACUUCGAGCUGAAGCUGAUGGAGGACGUGUCCCGCUCUGACUUCCCCGGCACCGACCCGGCCACGCUGCGCUACUUCCAGGAGGUGUAUCUGCCGGCCUCCCGCGAGAUCUUCUCCACCAUGGGCCAGAGCCCCGAGGCCGUGGCCAAGGCCGUGGUGCAGGUGAUCGGUGCGGCUCGCCCCCCGUUCCACACGCUGACCAACCCGCUGUACACGCCGCUGACGGCGCUGAAGUACGCCGACCCCUCGGGGGAGCUGUCCGUGCGCACCUACCACAACCUGCUUUUCAACUACGGCGCGCUCUUCCACCUCAGCGUGCGGGCCCUGAGCUGCCUGACCUGCCAGUGCUGCCGCCGCAGGGUUGCCCCGGCCUGAGCCCGCUUCCCAGCUCCCGCACGCGUCCCACGAGCGCCCCAAACCGGCCAGGGCCAUGUGCAUCGCUGGGGUGGCGAAUCCCCCCGAACCCCGGCGGCUUCCCUUCGCCGCUCACAGCGUUCCCUGUACUUUCGGCUGAAUUUCUCUGGGCUCUAUUUCCAGCCGCUGGAUCUUGCUCGACCAAUGUCUGCUGGACCGAGGAGCUGGUUAUUAAAGCUCUGGUCCCCACGUAGGUACUGCCAGCCUGGGACCGGCUCCCCCCUGCACCGUCUCUGCACUCCAUUAAAUCGAGAGGAGCACGUGGAGUCUGUCCCUCCAGGGCAGGGUUUCUAACCCUAAAAUCCUUCUCGCCACUCUUCUCUGAGCCCGCCGAUUUAUCAGCCUCCUUCUGGAGUUAUGGGCCCCAGAACUGGGCACAGGAUUCCAGCAGCAGUGGCACCAGUGCCAAAUCCAGAGGGAAAAUAGCUGCUUGGCUCCUACCCGAGAUUUCUCUGGUCAUGCACCCCAGGAUCUCAUUAGCCCUUUUGACCCCAGCGUCGCACAGGGAGCUCACGUUCUGAUGAUUCUCCACCAUGACCCCCAACGAUUUUCAGAGUCCUUGCACCCGGGAUAGAGCCCCCCAGCCUGUAAGAGCAACCUGAAUGCUUUGCUCCUAGAUGUAGACAUUUCCAUUUAGCUGCAUUAAAACACGUCGUUUGCUUGCACUUUGCAAGUGGUCUGGAUCGCUUUGGAUCAGUGACUGGUCCUCCCCCAGUAUUUACCACACUUCCAUUUUUAUGUGUUCUGCAAACUCAAUCAGUGAUUUUGUUUUCUUCCAGGUCAUGACACAGCUGUUAAUUAGUGUAGGGCCAAGAACCGCUCCCUGCGGGAAGCCCUGGAAACACCCACUGGCUGACGAUCCCUCAUUUACAGUUACCUUUGGAAACCUUUCAGUUAGCCAGUUUGUAAUGCAGUUCAUGUGGGCCAUCGGUCCCUUUUUAAUCAAAAUGCCAUGUGACAGCAAGUCAAACGCCUUAAUAUUAGGUCAACACUGUUACCUUCACAUGCAUCCGACAAAGUGGGUAUUCACCCACGAAAGCUUAUGCGCCAAUAUGUCUGUUAGUCUAUCAGGUACCACAGGACUCUUUGCCCCUUUUACAGAUCCAGACUAGCACGGCUACCCCUCUGAUACUAUUACCUUUGUCAGCCAAACUUGUAAUCGAAUCAAAAAAGGCAUCAAGUUAGUUUGACAGGAUCUAUUUUCCAUAAACCCAUGGUCAUUGGCCCUAAUUCAUUAAUUCUUUAUUAAUCCAGUCCCAGAUCAGCCACACAAUAAUUUUGCCCAGGAUCAAUGUCAUGCUGACAUGCCUAUAAAUAUCCCGAUUGUCCCAUUUACACUUGUUAAACAUUGGCCCAACAUUUGCUUCCUUUCCGUCUUCUGGAACUUCCCCAGUGCUCCAGGACUUACUGAAAAUCAACAUUAAUGAUCCAGCAACCUCCUCAGCCAACUCUUUGAAAACUCUUGGCCCUGUCUACACUAUGUGGGGGGGUGUCAACCUAAGAUACGCAACUUCAGUUACAUGAAUAGUGUAGCUGAAGUUGGCAUAUCUUAGGUCGACUUACAUGGCUAUGAGGACGGCGGCGAGUCGACCGCUGCUGCUCCUCGGUCAACUCUGCUUCCGCCUCUUGGGAGCUGGAGUUCCGGAGUCGAGGGGGAGCGCAUUCGGGGAUCAAUUUAUAGCGUCUAGAGGAGACUUAAUAAAUUGAUCCCUGAUAGAUUGACCACUACUCACCAAAGACCUGCCCUUGGAUGCAAGUUAUCUUGACCUGCUGAUUUUAAAAUGUCUGAUCUUAGUAGCUGGUAUUUAACAUCCUCUUGAGUUACUGUUGGAAUGGGAAGUGUUUUAUCCUAUGAUAUGACUAUAUCUUCUGGCUUUUUUCCAACUUUAGAACGGAAAUUUUUAGUGAACACUUCUGCCUUUUCUACAUUAUUAUUGACAGUUUACUCCUGGUGGAAUUCUGCACUAAGAACAUUAAAAAUCUGCACACAGUAUUUUAAAAUUCUGCAUGUUUCAUUUGUCAAAAUAAUACACAAUAAUCACACCAGUUUCCAUUAUUUUUGGCCAUUUAUUUUAGAAUACCUGCCAGCAAGUAUGGCGGUAACAAUAUACAGACAACAAAAAAAGAGUCAAGAAAUACUU